UUCAGCAGCACCCGGCAGCUACCCUACUGAGCUCUCUCCGCUGUGUGUGAGACAAUAUUGAAGUUGGGCAGAAUUGGCGGCGGCUAACAAUGCGGCCUUGUCACUUUAGACGCGCCAGCGCAAUCCAUGCAGACGUGCCUGACAUGAUUACGGCUUUUCGUACACCGACCAGAUACUUGACCACUCCCCCCUCGUCAUUGCAGGAAGAGGCUGGUGACCGCAAUUCCUCCAUGUUUAGAUUAAAAGCCAUGACCGUUUUAGGGUCAAGACUGCCGCUCCGUCCCGGCCCUCGACUUUUUUACCGGGACCCUGACAGCUUCAGCAGGGUUAGCAGAGCAGCAAACAUUUUUCAGAUGAGAAUCAAAUACACCAGUCCUAGUGCAUCGCAUAGGCGUGUUUGUAGCCUGCAGCAGUUUCGAACGCACUCGAUGAUUUUAUACCAUGUUUCAAAACCUAAAAAUUCUUAUUGGUUGCGCAUGGAAACAGUGUGUGCUUUUUUCGACCAGGAGACUACGUAGAUUCAGGUCUCAAGUCAAAGAGCAACAAACAACCAGUCUGAUAACAAUACAUUAUCAAGCUAGGAUCCUUCAGUCCUGAU